AUGUAUACGAGACAUGACAGAGGCUUCCUGCCGCCUGAUUUUUUCCCUAAUCUUGAAGAGUUCGUGAAUUUUGCUGUACAACAUCCCGAGUGUAUGAGUGGGGAAGAGAUGAAAUGCCCAUGUUCUAGGACAAAAUGUAGAAAUACAAAUUUUCGAGAUGUCGAAGUUGUGAAACUACAUGUCUUGCAGUCUGGGUUUGUUCCAGAUUACUAUGUCUGGAUUCACCACGGUGAGGUGAAUGUCCCUCCUGUAGUUCAGCAGCCGGCUAAUGAAUACGAUUACUAUAAUGAGGGAGGGGGAGAUUUAAACUAUGGCCAGAGAAUGGUUAUUGAUGCUGCUGGUCCCGAAGUUUUUGAGGAAGAGACCCCGAAUGACGAAGCUCGGAAGUUUUUUGAUAUGAUGAGUGCGGCAGAAGAAGAAAUAUGGCCCGGAAAUAGCAAACACUCACCCCUGUCCGCAUCUGUUGAAAUUUUGGAUAUUAAGUGUCGACAUCAGGGGUCGAUAUCUUUGAUUGAUGACACCUGCCGUUUAUUACAAGAACUGCUUCCAGAGAACAACAAAAUGCCGAAAAAUUUUGCUAAUAUCAAGAAGCUGGUGAAAGGUCUCGGGUUGCCGGUCGAGGUUAUUGAUUGCUGUUUCCACAACUUUAUUGUGACGCCGUAUAAUCUGCCUCCUGGCAUGUGCAUGAAGGAUGAGUUUAUGUUUCUAACAAUACUUGUCCCGGGACCCGGAAGAUUGGCAUGUCCGCAUUGUAUGGAAAAUACUGAGGCUUUCACGUUGCCCGAGAGUGGAAAACAAUCGUGGUUUGAUUGCCACAGAAAGUUUUUACCUACAGGUCACCAUUUCCGUCGGAAUGUUACCGAAUUCCGAAAAGGCAAACAAGUUAGACAUCAAUUUGGAGGUGUGAGGACUGGAGAUGAAGUGUUAGCAGAGGUGGACGGUUUGGGGUUUAAGAGGGCUUAUGAGAAUGAUGCUAAGGCUACGAAUGAUGAACUAUCUAAAGGCCGUGGUUGGAACCGAAAAAGUAUAUUUUGGGAUUUACUGUAUUGGAGGACAAAUGUGAUCCGGCAUAAUCUCGAUGUCAUGCAUAUUGAGAAAAAUGUAUUUGACAACGUUUUCAAUACCGUGCUCAAUGUACCUGGUAAGACGAAAGAUACGGCAAAAUCUCGGGCAGAGUUGAAUAAAAUUUGUGAUCGUCCUGGCCUGGCACAAGAUGAGGAAACUGGUAGAUAUCCAAAGGCUUUGUAUGCUUUGGACAGAGAUUUAAAAAAGAUUUUGUUAGAAUGGAUUCAAAAGUUAAAGUUUCCAGAUGGUUACGUGUCCAACUUGUCUAGGUGCGUUGAUUUAAACAGUUUAAAGAUGAUGGGCAUGAAAAGUCAUGAUUGUCAUGUCUUCAUGCAACGACUUUUGCCAAUUGCUCUUCGGGAGCUUCUUCCGGCAGAAGUGUGGGAGCCUUUGACAGAGUUGAGUAUAUUCUUCAGAGAGUUAACCGCCACAUCGCUGAAAAAGGCAGAUCUUCAGAGAUUAGAGCUUGAUAUCCCGAAGAUACUGUGCAAGUUGGAACGUAUAUUUCCGCCGAGUUUUUUUGAUUCGAUGGAACAUCUCCCCGUACACCUUCCAUACGAAGCUAUGAUGGCAGGACCUGUUCAGUAUCGUUGGAUGUAUCCGUUUGAAAGAUACCUGAGAAAACUCAAAAAUAAGGUUUCGAAUAAAGGCAGAGUGGAAGGAAGCAUUAGCAGCGGAUAUCUACUGGAGGAAACAGCAAAAUUUGCAUCUUUUUAUUUCAAGGAUGGUGAUCCGAUGGUACCAUGUCGGAUGCAAAGAAAUGAAGUUUGCGAAAUGGACGUUGAUGAUGAUUUCGACAGAUUAAAUAUUUUCAAACCAAAAGGGCGACCUGUAGGUGCUUGUCGGAACAGAUAUUUGGAUGAUGCUGAAUAUGUUGCUGCCCGAAGCUACAUCCUUUUGAAUUGCCCUGAAAUCGAACCUUACAGAGAAGUUUUUGAAGGCGAGUUGUAUGAAUUCAACCCCGAAAUUACACAGACCGAAGUUGUAGUCAAAUUGGAGAGGGAAUUCGCCUUUUGGUUCGAGCAAUAUGUGAAAGACCCAACUGUCAGUACCAAUCCCUAUAUUCUAAGUCUUGCAAAGGGACCGCUUAGAUCGGUCAAAACAUUCAAGGGGUACUGUGUGAACGGGUUUAAAUUCAAUACUGAAGAAUAUGGGGAGGAUCGGGUCACAAUGAAUAGCGGAGUCUGUGUAAAAGGAUCACUCUACGGCCCAGCUGAAAGCGACUUUUAUGGAGUGUUGACUGACAUUAUUGAGUUAGAGUAUCCAGCUCUACCAAUAAAGAGGACGGUUUUAUUUAAAUGUAAUUGGUUUGAUCCUACAAAAACGGUUGGUAUGUUAGUCCAUCCUCGGUAUAACAUAGUGGAUGUUAAUCACAGAAGGAGAUACAACAAAUAUGAACCUUUCAUUUUAGCUGAACAGUCCGACCAAGUACAUUACUUACCUUAUCCUAGCAAAAAGCGGGACAAGAAAGAUUGGUGGGCAGUAUGCAAGAUAAAAGCUCGCUCUGAGCUAGACAUGCCUGAAACAACUGUUCCAGCUUUCCAAGAUGAUAGUGCAAAACAUCCGCUCGAUGUCAUAACGAAUGACGACCCGACAAAUUUAGUUGAUCCGAAUGGCGAGGCGGACGAGGCUGCAUUACACAACCCUCCAAUAGUAGAGACGGAAGAUGAUUAUCCACCAUCCUCAUCAGACGAUGAUGACAUUGGAGCGGAAGAUGAUAUAGAAAUUGCAUGA